GGUGUGCGAGGCUCCGUCCGUGCAGCUGUCCAUUUAGUCCAGCGAAGGGAGCUGCGGCAGGAUGGGGAACAGAGCGCCGGCCGUCCACUGCUCUUUUCUCUAAAGAGGGACACUUUGGGCUGAAGUUUUCAGCAGGAUAGCAGGAGUUUGUCCGUUCUUUCUGGCCCGCCGUCAGCUGUCCAGAUGGCCGGAGCACAGCCGGGAGUGCACGCGCUGAAGCUGAAACCUGUGGCCGUGCCGGAGAGUCUAAAGAGGGGGAGCAAGUUCAUGAAAUGGGAGGAUGACUCCACCUCUGUGACCCCUGUGACAUUACGAGUUGAUCCCCAGGGCUACUUUCUUUACUGGACUGAUCAGAAUAAGGAGACAGACCUUCUGGACAUUUCUUCUAUCAAGGAUGCUAGAACAGGGAAAUAUUCCAGAACACCCAAGGAUGCUAAAGUGCGAGAGCAGCUGGGUGUGGCCACUAUGGUGGGAAAGAUAGAGAACAGAAUGCUGACAGUGGUGACUGGUCCAGACAUGGUCAACAUCACCUACCUAAACUUCAUGGCCUUCCAAGAAGAAGUGGCCAAGGAGUGGGCUGAGGAGCUUUUCAGCUUGGCCUCCAACCUCCUGGCUCAAAACAUGUCCCGGGAGUCCUGUUUAGAAAAAGUAUAUACCAGACUGCUGCUGCAGCUCACCCCUGAGGGAUGUAUUCCUGUGAAAAAUAUCUUCCGGGUGUUUUCAGCAGACAGGAAGCGGGUUGAGAAUGCUCUGGAGAUCUGUGGCCUUCCAUCUGGAAGAAACGACUUAAUCCCCCAGCAACAGUUCGCUCCCGAAAUAUACAGAGUGUUUCUCAAUAACAUCUGUCCCCGGAAGGACAUCGAUACCAUCUUCUCAGAAAUUGGUGCUAAGAGCAGACCGUACCUCACAGUAGAGCAGAUGACAGACUUCAUCAACAAUAAGCAGCGAGACCCACGCCUGAACGAGAUUCUGUACCCGCCCCUGAAGCCUGAGCAGGUGCAGGCACUGGUGGAGAAGUACGAGCCCGACACCAUGCUCUACCAACGAGGCCAGAUUUCUGUGGAGGGCUUUGCGAGGUAUCUAAGUGGAGAGGAGAACAGCAUCAUUCCUCCGGAGAAGUUGGACCAGAGUGAAGACAUGACACUCCCUCUUUCUCACUACUUUAUUAACUCCUCCCACAACACCUACCUCACAGCGGGGCAGCUGGCGGGGAACUCCUCGGUGGAAAUGUACAGGCAGGUGCUGCUGUCCGGUUGCCGCUGUGUGGAGCUGGACUGCUGGAAGGGCCGCACGGCUGAGGAGGAGCCCAUCAUAACACAUGGAUUCACCAUGACCUCAGAAAUCUCCUUUAAGGAAGUGAUUGAGGCCAUUGCGGAAAGUGCGUUCAAGACGUCCCCUUUCCCUGUCAUCCUUUCAUUCGAGAACCACGUGGACUCCCCCAAGCAGCAGGCCAAGAUGGCUGAGUACUGCAGAUCAAUAUUUGGAGACGCUUUGCUCACAGAGCCAUUGGAGAAAUACCAACUGGAUUCAGGAGUUCCUCUUCCCAGUCCAAUGGACCUCAUGGGUAAGAUCCUCAUCAAGAACAAGAAGAACUCCCACAAGGAUGAGGGCAGCACAAAGAAGAAGCUUUCAGAGCAAACCUCCAAUACCUACAGCGACACGUCCAGCAUGUGUGAGCCGUCCUCUCCCAGUGCAGGCUCUAUGAAUCAGGAGCUACCCGAGUCCAGUCAGCCCAGCUCAGAGGUCAAUGACAGCAAGCCUCAAGGAAGAAAGUCAAUUGGUGAGGUUGAAGCAGAAAGCGAGGAUGAGGAUGAUGAAGAUGAUGACUGCAAGAAAUCCAUGGAUGAGGGGACAGCAGGAAGUGAAGCGUUUGCCACCGAGGAGAUGUCCAACCUAGUCAACUACAUUCAGCCAGUCAAGUUCAACUCAUUCGAGACAUCGAAAAAAACUAAUAGAAGUUAUCACAUGUCCUCAUUUGUGGAGACCAAGGCACUGGAGCUGCUGACCAAGUCCCCAGUGGAAUUUGUGGAGUAUAACAAACUCCAGCUUAGCCGAAUCUACCCCAAAGGGACCAGGGUGGACUCCUCCAACUACAUGCCUCAGGUCUUCUGGAAUGCUGGAUGUCAGCUUGUAGCACUGAACUUCCAGACGAUAGAUCUGCCCAUGCAGCUGAAUCUGGGGAUGUAUGAGUACAAUGGGAAAUGUGGCUAUAAGCUGAAGCCUGAGUUUAUGAGGAGGCCUGAUAAACACUUUGACCCCUUCACUGAGAGCACAGUUGAUGGGAUUGUAGCACACACGUUGUCAGUGAAGAUUAUAUCAGGUCAGUUCCUGUCCGAUAAAAAGGUUGGCACGUAUGUAGAGGUGGACAUGUUCGGACUACCAGUGGACACAAAAAGGAAAGCUUUUCGGACCAAGACAUCCCCAGGCAACGCGGUCAACCCUGUGUGGGAUGAGGAGCCCAUAGUCUUUAAGAAGGUGGUUCUUCCCACUCUUGCUUCUUUGAGAAUAGCUGUUUAUGAGGACAAUGGGAAGAUUAUUGGUCAUCGCAUCAUUCCAGUGUACGCCAUCCGUCCUGGUUACCAUUACAUAGGGCUGAGGAAUGAGAAGAACCAGACACUAACUCUGCCUGCCAUUUUUGUCUACACUGAAGUCAAAGACUAUGUCCCUGACACUUUUGCAGAUGUGAUUGAGGCACUGUCCAAUCCUAUUCGCUACAUCAACCUGAUGGAGCAAAGAGCCAGUCAACUUGCAGCUCUCACGCAGGAGGAGGGGGAACAGGAAGACAACAGUAAAGAGAUAGAUGCGGGCGUGGAGUCGAUACAAAAGCAGCAGAAUGAAGCCCAACAUGCCCCAGCAGAGAACGGAGUGGGUCACGCUCCCCUUAUCCCUGUUAAACCGCCCUCAGUGGGCAGCCACCACAUACCCUCCUCAGGAUCUGUGAAGCCGCCUGACAGUGUGCUUCAUGGCAUCUUGACAGAGGUGGAGGCUCAGACACUGGAAGAGCUGAAGCAGCAGAAGGCUUUUGUGCGGGAGCAGAGGAAGCAGUAUAAAGAACUGAAGGAGCUGGUGAAGAAGCACCAUAAGAAAACCACAGACUUAAUUAAAGAGCACACGGCCCGGCAGAACGAGCUGAACAGCGAACAGCUCCGCCGCUGCUCGGCCCUAAACAGAAGCGCUAAACAAGCCGGUAAGAAAAGAUCAGGUUCAGAUGCUCUGUGGACAGCAGAACAGGAGUUGGCUGCUCUGGAGCAGGAGAGUGCUCAGAGACUGAAUGAGCUGAAGGAACAGCAGCAGCAGCAGCUCCUCACCCUCAGGCAGGACCAGUACUACAGCGAGCAGUACCUCAAAGGCAAACACAUCAAACAGCUUGUUGAGAAGCUGACUGCAGUUGCUGAGGAGUGUCAGAGUAACCAGCUGAAGAAGAUGAAGGAACUAUGCGAGAAGGAAAAGAAAGACCUGAAGAAGAGGAUGGACAAAAAGAGACAAGAGAAGAUAAAUGAUGCAAAGUCAAUAGAGAAGAAUCUAACAGAAGAAGAGAAGUUGGAGAUCAACAGAUCACAUGUGAAUGAAGUUGUACAAUAUAUUAAAAGGCUGGAGGAUGCUCAAAGCAAAAGGCAAGAGAAGUUGCUGGAGGCCCACAAGCUCAUACGGCAGCAAAUCCUGGAUGAGAAGCCGAAGCUGCAAAGCGAGCUGGACCAGGAAUACCAGGACAAGUUCCGACGGCUCCCAGUGGAGAUCCAGGAGUUUGUACAGGAAACCGCUAAGGGCAAGCCGAGCAAUGAGUGUGAACAGAGCUGCAUAAAUAGCUUGGCCGCAGAGAAGCUGAACCACAGAUCAGCCCAAUCAGAGGAGGACCUGGAGGAGGCCUCUUCAGAGAAGGAUUUGUUGCCGAUGCAUUGUGAAGAGAUUACGUACUUGAACAGUGGUGAGAAUAAUGAUGGUUUCUCUAUGACAUUGUUAUAACAGCUCUAUAAAGCUUUUAUAGAGCUCACUUUAAACAAGUUUGAAUAUGCUGCUUCUGUUUAGAUGACCACUAGAGAUGAUUGUUUAUAUUAUCAUUGUUUAACAGCAGAUUUAGCCUGGGCAAGAGAAGCUAUAAAAGUCAUUUGAAAGUAGGCCUAUAUAAAUAGCUGUAUAUUUAAGCAGUAGGGACUUUCCAUGAACUGGCAUUGAAGUCUUUGUCCUGUUCACACAUGGCUUACAUCACUUUCAGAUAUAGGAGUGUCCUUUUUAGAUUAGAUUUGUGUUUUGUUUUAAAAUGUGUGUAAUGUUUUAUAGAUUCUUUGUUGGUUUUCAUUUUUUAUAUUUGGCUAAAUGGAACUAAAUGUACACUUAGCAGUAAUGUAACCCAAGAAAAGGGGAGUCAUGCAACUGCAUGUUUUUGUACACUUGUAAAUGUUACUUACAUAGCACAGAGGGAGAAAAAUGACCAUAUGCAUUCUCAUAAAUGUAAAUAUUAUGUUAUUAUGUCAAAGAAAGAACAGAAAGACCUUUAUUAUUUGAAUAUCAUGAUAGUAGAAUGGUUCUUAGCAAUGGCACAGUUUAGUUUUAGCAGAACAUUAAUUCCAAGGUUACAAAUCUAGCCUUGCCAAUGUUUCGAUGUUGGCCUGGAACAGUCUGGAUUGGCAGUUUUUAUGAGAGUAGAGGAGCACUGUGCUAGAGAGCAGAGCUUGCAGCCACUUUCAGACUCACAAACACUUUCACUGGCUGACCUGUGACCAAAUAAUAAUAAUAAAUGUAAUAAUCAAGAAAAAUAUUUAUCAAAUAAUAAAUGAAGAGUUUCAUCCCAAAAUGCUGUAUAUCCAUGUGUAACAAUGGAUAUAACAAGUUUUGAAAAGAGUAACAACUGACAAAUAAUGGAAAACACAUUUUUGUUUCACUAAUAAAGGUGGUAUUAAUCAUAAUAAAGCAUUGAUAUUUCUAGUAUUUGUAAAGCCCAUCCUAAACAAUGUAUAUAAUGAAAAAAGUGAAAAAAGAAAGUUCUUGAAUGUGGUCUGUAAUGCAUUUUGGAACAAAACUCUUCAGUUAUUUAUAAAGAAUACAAAGGUUCAGAUAUUAUCUGUAACCAAAGACAGAUUGCUAGAAGAUAUUUUCGGUUCAGAAAUAAAAUAACUGCCCCUUUGUGAUAAGGUAGUGUGCCAAGCAAAAAAAACAAACAAAAAAAAAACAAAAAAACAAAAGAUAAACACCUGUAGAGUGCAUGUGUGUGUCUGUGUGCGUCUGCAAAGAUUUAUCAAUCUUUUGUCAAGCCUCAUAGUUGCAGAAUUGCAGUUCUUCUACAGUGGAGUGUCUUACAAAGCACUGUUGUCAAAACCACUUACCUUUUUAAGCUGUAAUAUAAUCACUGUUUUAAUGUCAUAGAAAUGAAGGCUGUGUAUAUCCUACAAAAGACAAAUUAUGCCAAUAUCUGAUUUACUGUUCUCUCUUGUCACGAGAAGGAGCUGAGUUUACCGGUGAGAACCCCUCACAAAGACACCAUGUUCACCAUGUUACAAAAAUGCAACAGUGGCUUUCACAGGUGGUAAUACUUUUCAUAUUAGCAGUGGAUCAGUGGCAGUUAUCGCAGUGAUGGUUUUUAUUAUGAAUGGCAGUUACAUAUCAAUAAAAGCUUAUACAAAAUCUUUUUGCUCAGGACAUGCAAUCUGUGAUGGAUUUGGUAUACGACUCUACCCUAAGUAACCUACCACAUAGCACAGAGUGGGAGUCAUAGCACAGAGUGGGAGUAAAUGAAUAUUCUAAUGUUUUUCCCAAAACUUGUUUUCUUCAGUUUUCUAAAUUUGCCUUUUUGCAGAAAGAUACAAAUUGACCUCCCAUAGUCUUCUGCAGGGCAUAUCGCUUUUAGAAAGCAAAAAUAGUAGAUUAAUUAGAAACUUUAGAAUACUCUCAACAUACUAUUAAUGCAACAACACAUUAUUCUCCAGCAGUUAUGCUAUUUCUUCCAUCGUAUGAUUCUGAUCCAUCUUAUAAGAAUAGGAAGAACAGGAUGCAUAUAAGCAAACGUGCCUGUGACUAUUUUGUUGCUGCGCUUGCUUGAAUGUCAUGGAUAGUGAUGCAUUUCUGUACGUUUUAUAUGUAGCUUUCUGCGCAGGUGAGAAACGCAGGUAACUGAAACCUAUAGUUUAUAGCCAGAAUGCUGUCAAACUACUAGAUAAAAACUAUUUCAUGCUCAAUUCCUUUGUGUGAAAAAGACAAAAUAUUCAGUUAUAAUGCAUUAACUUUUAAAUCUGAAAUUGGAUGCGGUUCUAUGAGCUGUGAAAACUUUUGAGAGGUCAGUUUUGUUUGUAUUUCAAAAAACUUUGCUUUAAAGUUCUCUGUAAUGGAUGAUGAAGUCUUUUGGAUGUUUUUGAACACUCAGACUGGAUAUUUUAAAAAAAAGGUUUUCACUGUAGAUUCCAGAAGUACAUGAUAUUUUAAGUCACUUUAUUGAUUUAAAAUACUAACAAAAGAACUCAAAUCCAUUCUUUACCACUAAGAACCAAUGUUGCAUUUUUUAAGGUUUCUACAAACCUCAACAUUCAACAUUCAUAAAAAACUCAGACCAGUACUGUUGCUGGACAGUCAACCAUUCAAAUAUUAUAGCAGACAGCUGUUUGCCAUGACAUUGGCCCAAUGGAAGUCCAGAUCAUUUGCUCAGACUGCUAUCCAACAGUUACAGGCUUUUGUGCCAUGAAUUCAGUUUGUAAAGUUUAAUAAACUUGAAAUAGGAUGUAACUUACAUACAAACUGAUUUGUAGUUUUUCAGAGAUUAUUGCCAUUCUGUGAGUCCUGUGCCUUUCAAUAUGUUUGCCUUGUGGUAUGUGAGUGAAAUGCAUCACUGUGUAAAACUGUCAUUGUAAUAUAAGGAGUAUGUUUAGUUGUAUGUCUGUAUGUAUUUUCUUGAAUAGAUGGUGUGCACUUUUAGUAAAAUAACACUACUGAGUAAAGUUUGUGAGUAGCAGUAUUUCAGAAAAAUGUUUUCUAUAUUCUGUAGUGGACAAUUUUCCCUGUGCUUCUUGUUUCAGUGUAAGGGUACUGGAUAUAUGCAUUCUUAAGAGAAAGUCAAAGAAUAUGUGAGCAGAAAAAAAUACUAUAUUGAAAAAUGGACCAAGAGGAAAGGGAAAAAUGCUUGUGAAUAAAAUAAAUGUUGAUUCCACACUUAGGUUGUGUGAUUUUUGGCACUGUACUUAAAAAUGGGAUAUAAUAUUGACAGUAAGUACA